AUGCGCUCCCACCCUCAGUAUUGGAGCCUGUGCCAGCGCACCACUGACAUCUCCUGCUGUCCCAGCUGGACCCUGGGAAACUACGUGGCUAUCCUCACAAACAAGUUCUCCUGCCAGAAGAUCACAGAGCACCACAUGUCACACACCUUCAAGAUCCUGCGCUCCUGCGCCAAGUACUACCACAACGGAACGCUGGGCCCAGACUGCUGGGACAUGACCACACGUAGGAAGGACCAGUCCAAGUGCACCAACAUCUCACGCAGGUGCACCAAGUACAACACCGUUUACCAGAUCUUCCACUUCCUGGUGGACAAAGAAUUAAUGAGCCCAAAGAUCCCCGUCCUGAAACACGGCAUGCUGUUCUCCUCCACAGAGAAAGGGAAGACCAUGAUGAACAUUUACAUUGACAACUUUGAGAACUGGAACUGCUCGGACGGCGUCACCACCAUCACAGGGAUUGAGUUCGGUAUCAAACACAACCUGUUCCAGGACUACCUACUGACGGAUACCGUGUAUCCGGCCAUAGCCAUAGUGAUUGUGCUGGUUGUCAUGUGUGUGUACACACGCUCUGUGUUCAUCACCCUGAUGACCAUCAUCGCCAUCAUCAGCUCCCUGAUCGUGUCCUACUUCCUGUACCGUAUGGUGUUCGACUUUGAAUUCUUCCCCUCACAGCCCUCAUCAUCCUGGUGGGCAUCUGGGCAGACGAUGCCUUCUUCCUCUGAGACGUGUGGAACUACACCAAGUUCGACAAGCCCAACGCUGAGCUGUCGGAAACGGUGAGCAUCACUCUGCAACACGCGGCCCUCUCCAUGUUCGUCACCAGCUUUACCACGGCCGCCGCCUUCUAUGCCAACUACGUUAGCAACAUCACCGCAAUCCGCUGUUUUGGCGUCUACGCCGGCACGGCCAUCUUGGUAAACUACAUACUGAUGGUAACCUGGCUGCCAGCCGUGGUGGUGCUCCAUGAGCGUUACCUGCCCAACAUCUUCACCUGCUCUAAACCUCCCCCACAGCAGAGUGGGUUCUGCACCCACACCCUCUGGGCCAACCUGUGCCAGAAGCUCAGCAAGUGCCUGUUCACCGUUUUAGAGGCCUCUCGGGUCUUCUUUGAGAAGGUGCUGCCCUGCAUCGUGAUCAAGUUGCGCUACCUCUGGCUCUUCUGGUUCCUGGCCUUCACCGUGGGAGGGGCGUAG